UGACGUGGCAUGCCUCCGUUGGUCGAAGGUGGGCGGGUGCCACCCAUUGGUUGAGGCGAAGGUUUGUAAUGAUGGGUUUUUCCAAUCGAGGCCCAUCUAUCGAGGCCCAGAGUCUAUAAAUACCCCUGGGCGGAGCUCAUUUCCUUUACGCAUUCCUUCUCUCUAGCGAAGCUCUGCCAAAAUUUCUAGUGAGAGAGAGACCUUUUUUCGAUCAAAGCUAACUUCCCGAGGUCAGUUCUUGCUCUGUUCUUGAAUUUCUCUGUAUACUUUGCUUUUCGGCUUUAGAUUUAGCGUUAGCGUUUUCAGUAGCCUUCGGCGAGAGUAUUAAGUAGCUUUCCUCUUCUAGACACCUUUCCCUUAGCACAAAAAAUGUCUUCGCAAACCGACUCUCAGAACAUCUCGAGGGAGGCCCCGGUGCAAUCUGAAAGCAUUUCUGAGGUGGAGUCCUCAAGCGAGCAGCCUUCGAAUAUUGACGACUCGCGAGUGGCUGCCGAAGUCCAAAAGCGUCUCAUAACCGAGGCCGAGGCCGAGGAGUUUGAGCAAGUGAUUGAGGACGAGGAGAUGGCCCUCGCGGUCCAAAUUGCCGAGGAGGAAGAAGAGAAGGAGAGGAUGAAAGUGACCAUCGCUGUUCCUCCCCCUCGUAACGACGCCGGAGCGGGGAGUUCUAGGCCCCUGGAUCCGGAGCCUCUCAAUGUGGCUCCCGGGAAGAAGAAGAAGACGAGGGGGGCCUCGAAGAAGAAGCAAGCCGUCGCCGAUGCGGGACAGCCCGUCGGGAUUCCGGAGGGGCAUUCAUAUUUGAACACCGCAGCUCUCGAAGUGGAAACCAAGGCCACGCACGCCGAAUAUAUGGCGACGCAGUUCUUUGUUGGGCCUUCGGCACAAGUGGUAGAGCCGGGGCCAGAUGAUGUGCUCCUACGUCCCCCCGAAGGAUGCUUUGUUGUGCACCUCCUAUCUGUGGAGUUGGGGCUUCGGUUCCCACUCCACCCCUUCGUACUAGAGUAUCUUCGUUUCGUCAAACUCGCUCCCUGCCAGAUUACUCCGAACAGCCAUUCAUAUCUGGCCGGAUUCUUGUCUUUAUGCCGGGAAAGGGGAGUGGAGGCAUCGCUAGAUCAGUUUCUCCUUUCUUUCAACCUUUGCCGGGGGGGGCAUGCCAACAGCGAGGGCUUCGCUAAUCUUCAACAGAUUCCGGAGUGGAGGCUGUUCUCUGAGGUUCCUUCCUCCCAUAAAGGUUGGAAGGACAAAUUCUGCUUCAUUCGGAUGGAGGAGAAUCCUUUCCCUGCUCCCCUUCGUGACAAUUUCAAGAGGCACCCUAAAGUGGGGAAUGCUUUUCUUGCGAAGGAGGGGAAGAAGCUGGUAGCCAAACCGGAGGGAUCGGACAAGCAGAAGACAAUCAAGGAUGCCACCCUUCCGGAGGAGCUGCUUCGCCUUGGUUUCCGGCGAUUCCGAUUGAUGGGGGAGACCGGCGGCGAAUACCCCCCGAUAGAUAGAGUGUAUGAGAGCGCCGGAGGCGCAGAGAUGGACGCGAAGAACUUCGCGAAGCUCAAGAAGCAAUUGGCCAAGGAGCCGAAGAAAAAGAAGGAGGGAGGACCCUCCCAGCAAAGGCCCGUUGAAGAUUUUUUCCCGAAAGGGGAAGCCGUGAAGGACCAGGGGGCCGAGGGGGCCUCCCAAGUUGUUGUCGGGGGUGCCGGUGCCCUGAAAAUUGAAACCGCCAAGCGAAAGGCCCCGGAAAAAGGGGUCGAGGCCCCCGGGAAAAAGGUUAAGAAGGCUGUCGGCGCAAAGGGGGCACCAGUGGUAAUUUCUGAGGGCCAUUCCUCCUCCAGCACGCCGUUGGUGUUUGUUGCCGCUGCCCCCCUUCCGGAUCAGAUGGAAGAUGGGCCAUGGCCCCGGGAGAACGUCCAAUUCUCCAUCAAGAAAGGGACCGCCAUUCUGCACGGCACCCUGGAUCCGAAGGAGUUCUUGGAUGGGGCCACUCCUUCGCUGGAUAGAUCGACCCUGAGCCGGUACGACGACGCUGCCCUGGACGCUAAGCUCCUCCAGGCCUCGGUGACUGCCAGUGUAGCCCUCGGAGAACACGUCCGGAGGGCGGAACAAUUACGCCUCCAGAAGGCGGAGUCCGACGAGGCCCUGAGGAAGCUCGUCGUGACUAACACCGAGGCCAUCCGGAAGAUGGCAAUCCUGGAGGAGAGCCUCCGGCAGAUGGAGAAGAAGCUGGAGGUUGCCCGAAUGGAGGGCAAAGCCGAAGGCAAGGCGGAGGCCGAGACGCUCGCUGCUGCCGCCGCAAAGACCGCUGCUGACAAUGCCGAGGAAGCAAAGCGGGUGGCCAUCCUUCAGGCCGAGAAAGAUGCUGUCGUUGCCUUUGUCGCCGGGGGCUGGAAAGAUGAGGACCGGAGGCAGUGGGUUUCCUCGGUGGUUGAGGAAAGUGUCGAUGACUGGGUGGGUGGUCCCGGGGCGAUGUGGCUGGCCCGGAAGGGCAAGAGCUAUUAUGAGGGCGGUGAAUACUUCACCCAGGCCAAUAUCUAUAGGAAGCUUGCCCGGCACUUCGGCGCUGAUCUGAAGGACUUUAAACCUGAGGCUUAUGGCCUCCCCCCGCUCCAACCAGAUGUCCGGGGUCCCUUUGCCGGAGGGCGAAGAGAGGGAGCUGCUCGAAGACUCUGAACUGGCGAAGGAGGCCGAAGAUGAUGAGGAUGAAGGGGCCGGGGACGACGCUGCCUCGAAGGCCAAGGAGGACGUAGCUGAGGAAGCUCAAUCUUGAAAAUUGUCUAAGUAUCAUUCCUUGUAAUAGUUGAUAGGUCUUCGGCUUCGGCCAUGCAUUGUAAUGAAACGCGACUUUUGUACUUUAACACUUUCCUCCGCUGGAUGUAUGAUAUGCCUUCGGGCUCUUUUAUGUGAAUGCUUCCUUCAUUUUGAGUUAGAAUGUAUGCUUCCGCC